AUGUCUUCGUGGAUCGGCAUCAACGCCAUCUGGGUAGAGUUGCCUCUUCUAGUUAGGUUAGCCCCAGAAAGUUGGGCCCUUGCCUCAUACAUCGUUAUUGUUAUCCAGAUAGCAAACAUUGGCCCUUUCAUUUAUACCAUUUCUAAAUCCGCUUUUCCUGAAAAAGUGAAAGAGUGGCCCGUUAUCAUCGCCACGAUAAUCGUCGGAAUGUUGGCAAGUGUUUUGUUAAUCUUUUUCUGGAACGUAACAACGGUCUGGGUGGGCAUUAACGAGUUAAGAAGCACCGGUUUACUUGUGUUAUCGUUAUUUUUAUCGUUAGUCGAUUGUACAUCAUCAGUCUUGUACUUUCCUUAUAUGUCAACAUUCGAUUCUCAAUACAUGACGGCUACGUUCGUCGGGGAAGGCAUGAGUGGUCUGAUACCCGCCAUAAUUGGAUUGGCUCAAAUAACUGUGGAACAAAAUGUUUCUGAAAAUCCAGUCGUAAAUAAUUAUGUUCCUAAAUCCUCAAAUAUUAACCAAAUAGAAUUAUUUUUUCUUCUUAACGAUUCUUCACAAAAUGGUACAACUCCGCCUAAAAAAGAAAAUGAUUACGUCAAAGAAAGAUUUUCAGUAUCUAUAUAUUUUUUAUUAAUUGCAAUUUUAUUAUCAAUAUCUUUAAUUAUGAAUCUACAUGAUUACGAAAAUUUAAAACAAACUGACAAGUUUGGGAUUGGUUUUUUGCUGAUGACCGCUUGGAUAAAUAGUCUUACGAACGGGGUUUUACCAUCCUUACAAACAUAUUCUGCUCAACCGUAUGGGUCGCUAGCUUAUAAUCUGCACGUCAAGUUGUCUGUUCUCGUAAACCCAUUAGCUUGUUUUGCAGCUCUCUUCAUUCACGUGAAUAAAUUCUGGAUCGUGGUUGUCCUCACCCUCUUCGGUAGUGUCCUCGCUGCCUUUCAGAUCGCUCUGGCGUGUCUCAGCCCAAACCCACCAUUGAAAAAAACCAGCAUUGGAAUCGCUUGUCUGGUGGCUACACAAGUUGUCCUCAUCGCCAUCCUCUCUUAUACUAAAGUGACAAUAGCAACAAUCGUGUCAAGGAUGCAAGGCAGACAGUGGCUGUUGUUUUUCGGGGUGGCCACUCAAGUGGGGUCCUUCGUCGGCGCGUCCGUCACUUUUUGCCUGGUCAAUUAUACAGAUAUCUUCCAAUCCGAAUACUGACAGCGAUUACUUGAAUGUUGUUAAAAUUAAUUGAUAAACAUAAAAAAGAGAGAUUUUUGUUUUUAUAAAAUAAAAUGUAUAUUAUAUAUGUCAAAGAGGAAAUACAAGUUUGAAAAAAUUAAACAUUACAGAACAUUAUUAAAUUUAAAUGAUAAAUAAUUCGAAAAACAACAAUGCAAGAAAUGUAGAUGAUCAUGUUGUACAAGCAGCGUAAGUUUAACAUUGAAUUGUCCAACCGACAUCAUAAUAGCGAUCUUGGAAAUGGUAAAAAAUGUCGCUAAAAUGUAAUCGUUAAUCAUAUUCAGCCAGAUAUAUCCUAUCAGCACCCUCACAUUCAAAAUCAUUGAAUCCAACAUCAUCAGGUUCAACAUCAUCAUGUGGACAUUUUCACAGCCAAUAUCAUCCCACUCAGCACCAUUCCAUCCUUCCAGCACGACCUCAGGAUAGGAAAACGUUUGUUCUCAGCACGAUCUUCUUCCUACACAUGUGGCAGACGCUGAUGGAUCUGCUGCAGGCUCCACAGGCCGUGUGCCCGCACUGGAAGACCUGGUCCCACUUCUGCUCCAGGCAUAUGGAACACAAUCUGGAUUCAUCUUCUUUAUCAGCCAAACUCGCCAUAGAAGCGCCCUCAGACGUCAGCUUCCCAGUUAUAAGAACUUUACAUUGUAGGCAUUUUUUAACAGGAAUGCAGCACUGAGAGCAGACGAUGACGUGGCCGCAGGGUUCGAAUCUCACUGUGGCCAUGUUGUCUGAACAUAUGCAGCAUUCUAUAGAGUUGUUGCUGUCGUUGAAGUUGUUGUGGUUCAUGUCGCUACUGCUGCUCUUGCAAUCAAUACCAUUUGCAGCCUCUGUUCGACUGCAGUUACUGCCAGCAACAAUAUUGUAAGUUUCACUGCUGUCUCUAAAGUCGCUAGAGUUAAUGUCAUUAUUAACGAUGUUGUUGUUGUCGUUGUUGUUGUUGUUAAUGUCAUUAAUGUUCAUAUUUUUGAAUUUGUUGUUGUUGUCGUUAAUAUUGAUGUUGUUGCUAAAGUUGUUAUUGUUAUUAAUGUUGUUGUUGUUAGUAACGUUGUUACUGUUAGUAUUGGUGUUGUUACUAAUGUUGUUGUUGUUGUUGCUAAUAGUGAUGUUGUUGUUAUUGUUAAUGCUGUUGUUGUAAGCAUUAAUGUUGCUAGUAUUGAUGUUGUUGCUAAUAUUGAUGUUAUUAUUAUUAUUGUUAUUAUCGUCGAAGACAGUACGAAGAUCCUUCAUUACAUCUUUCCUUUUGGUGCAAAAGUCACUGCUGUUUUUAUAUGAUUUGAGAAUCCUAUUUACAAUAUCAUCCUCAUCCUCAUCAUCACCAUCAUCAUCAUCAUCAUCAUCAUCAUCUGUUUUGGUAUAAUUUUCGUUACCUUCCCCACCAACACCAUUAACACCAAUGUUAUUACGAUUAAGAUGACGAGGAAGAUGAUGAUGAAGAUCACGAUGAUGAUGACCAUCUUUUUCUCUGUAGUGGUAGCCAUGUUGAAUAAGAAAACAAG